AUGUAUCUGUCAGCUGCUAUAAUCAAUACCGUUGCAAUCAGUUUUCCAUUUAUCUCAAUGAUAAUUUACGCGAAAUUAUUGCUAAUGAUAUUUUGGUUCAAAACCAUCAAGCAGGCACCCGAACUUUCAUUAUUUUAUUUCAAAUUUGUAUUCGACCUAGUUAUCAGUGUUAUCAGUCUCGUAAAAAUGAUAAUUUAUGCGUUAGCAAUGCUACCAACCUUUUUGAAUUUCUUCAAUGCUAAUCACUGGCUCACGUUUCUGGUUAUCUGGCUGAUAUGUCUUAUCAGUUCUCUUAGAGCAAUUUUAGUCUUUUUCAUAGCAAUGGAUAGAACUUGUGCAACCUACCUUCCUAUAACCUUCUUCAAGUACCGGAAGUUUAUACCUACCAUCUUGAUAAUUGGUCUAGCUACGUCCUAUUCUCUAGUAGACAUAUCUGUAGCAUUUUGGAUAUGUAAAGCGGACCUAAACACGCCUACAACAUGUGUCAAUGGCUUGUGUGUCCUGGGAGCUUGCUAUCAAGACUACUGGUUGGAAUUUCAAAAAUACAUAUAUGCUCUUAUAAUUGCCUUAACUUGUCUCUUAUGUCUCAAACUAUUUAUUUGGAAUAGAGUUAAGAAACAUAAUGUUAGCCAGGAUCUUCGAAGACUAUACGUGCGUCUUUUAUGUAUUGUGUAUGAUCUGACGAUUUUUUCCCACGGAAUCAAUCAGAACAAGGGGGUACGAGAGAAUUCAGAAUUCAUAUCCAGCACAUUUUCUUCCAUUUUUGUUUUUCUACACGUUUUUCUGGAUUCCACAAGCUCCCCAAAUAUGUACACAUCCGCUAUCGUUAUCAAUACAGUUGCUAUCAGUUUCCCUUUCAUUUCUAUGAUUGUUUACGGUAGAUUAUUGCUCAUGAUAUUCUGGUUCAAGACGAUUCAAAAGUCUCCGGAACUCUAUUUAUUUUACUGCAAAUUUGUGUUCGAUUUGGUCAUUAGUUUUAUAAGCUUUAUAAAAAUGAUAAUCUACGGGUUAUCCAUGACUAGUUGGGCUGAUUUCUUUUUCGCAAAUCAUUGGCUCACUUUUAUGUUCGUCUGGCCGGUGAGCUCUUUCAGCACUUUGAGAGCAAUCCUUGUCUUGCUUAUUGCGGUGGAUAGGACUUGUGCCACUUACAUUCCUAUCAAAUUCUUCAAAUACCGAAAAUUAAUCCCAACCUACUUCAUCAUUGGUCUAGUACUAUCAUAUUCUAUAAUUGACACAUCUGUGGCAUUUUUAAUUUGCCAAAUCGAUUUGAGCACACCUACGGAUUGUGUAAGUGCCCAGUGUAUAAAUGGGGCAUGCUAUCAGAGGUACUGGUUGGUAUUCUCUCAAAUCUUGUAUGCACUGAUUAUCGCGUUGACUUUGUUGCUGUGUCUGAAAAUAUUCUUCUGGAACAAGGCAAAUCUCAGUGGAGAUUUGAAGCGGGCAAAUCGUCUAGCCAUGAUCAACGCAUUCAUCCUGUUCAUUUUCAAUUUUCUACCUCCCAUCGCCAAUUCUGUCUUCUCAAAUUAUUUCGAAUACGUGGGAGCGAUGAACUCAGUCUGUCAGACGCUGGGAUUCGUCGUGGAAUCCUGGCUAACCAAUGUGAGCAUGCGUCAGAAGUAUCGAGUCACCGUAGUGACGUCAUCAGGAAAGGUUGUACAGAGAUCUACAGUGGAGAAGUUUAGUGAAUAUAAGUGA